UACUUUCUUUGAUCGACAGUUCUGUGUUACUAAGAAAAAUGGGUUCCAAGGCGUUUCUUUUGCUAGGUCUUUUGUUGGCUAUUGUUCUUCUCGUCUCUUCGGAGGUGUCACCGAGAGACCUGGCUAAGACUUCCUCUGACCAGAGAAAAGUGGGGGCCACCAAAGAGGCCAAUGUGGUAGAUGAUGCCAAAUACGGUGAAUUUGGAGGAAAACCUGGUGGCGGAUAUGGGGGAUACACAGGUGACGGAUAUGGGGGAUACCAAAGUGGGCGAUCUCGAGAUCCUAGAAUUCUUAGAGGUCGCGUCGGCGGCGAACAUCCAUGCAGACAGUACGGUUACGGUCUCCCCAGUUGUCCCCCUGCUGAUCAUGAUGCAGAAACCGAAGCCAAGCCUCAAAACUAAAGCAACAUAAUUAUCUAAAUUAUAUAUAUGGUGUUUAAUUCCGUUGUAAUUAAUGUAGUAUUUAAAUAAGGGUUAAAUAUAAAAUUGGUCCUAGUGCUUUUGAUCUUUAUCAAAUUAGUCCUUCAACUUUA